AUAUAUGUGUGUGAUGAUGAAAAGGUAUAGUAACUUCAAUAUCCACAGCCUUACAUAACACCCAUAUACAUUACUCGCCUCCUAGCCCUCCCUCCCUCGCUCUCUCUCUCCCUUUCUCAUAGUUUCUCUGUUCCUGAAGAGAUGGCUUCCUCCACAACCAUGGCUUUUUUAGCUCUUCUUGUUGUGCUCCUGCCUAUGGCUGCUACUGCUGCUGACAGUUUGGCUCCUUUCAUUGAGGAUUUGUGCAAAGAAGUGCAGUGUGGAAAGGGGUCCUGCGUCGUGAACACCAGCUCUACAUUUGGCUUCGAAUGCCAGUGCGAUGCGGGUUGGAAGCGGACCCGCCGCGACGAUGAAGAUGACCUCAAGUUCCUUCCCUGUGUCAUUCCAAACUGUUCUGUUCAGUAUUCCUGCAUGCCCGCGGCUCCGCCGGUCCCAUCCAUUCCAGACAACGCAUCUGCCUUCGAUCCUUGCUACUGGAUAUACUGUGGAGGAGGAACGUGCUCGAAGUCGACGACUUAUGAGCACACUUGCCAGUGCGAUGCCGGUUACACAAAUCUCAUGAACGUCAGCGUCUUCCCAUGCUUCAGUGAUUGCGCGAUCGGCAACGACUGCGAAAAGCUCGGAAUAAAAGUUUCCAACUCGUCUGCUUCAGGAUCAGACAGCGGAAGCUAUGGUGAGAUUCCCAAAUGUUCCUUCCUGGGAAAUUGCUGUGGAUGACCAUCUUCACAGCAUCUAUGGCUUUGGUUCUGAGGAACUAGAAGGGAGCAUCGGGACACCGAGGCUUCACUUGGAGUUGCGCCAAAGACGUAUAGAUUAUACGAUUCAUGCAAUGGUUUAUGUUGCAUUUUGUUCUUUAUUUGUUGAAGUGACAUUCUUGGUGUAAAAUUGUUAUAGAAACAUGUCUGUUGUAUUUUUU